AGUGCCUCCUAGGAAUGCAUAAGAUUCCAAGCUUCUUGUCUCCCUAUAUAUUUUCCAAACCCUUCCUUCUGUUAUAAGCAUUUUCUUCAGUUUUUUCUUCAAGGGCUGUGAUAGAUUCCAUCUCCAGCAGGCACACAAGUUCUUGUGCUUGAGUGAUUCUUGAGAGUGGAAAAGGUGAAAAUGGCGCCACGAUUGCUUCAUGGGACACUUGAUGUAACCGUAUAUGGGGUUGAUAAUCUGCAAUAUGGAUGUGGAUUCAGUUUGUUGAAGACGGAGGGAUUUCUGAAGUUUGGGAAGCGAUGUCUAGUCAAUGUAAAAAGAUCAAUGUCUUGCCUACCGGAGAAUGUUGCUGGUUCUAGACUCUAUGCAACAGUAGAUUUGGACAAGGCAAGAGUUGCAAGGACCAGAAUGGUAGGAAAGGAGCCUUACAAUCCCCGGUGGAAUGAGUCUUUCCACAUAUACUGUGCCCAUUCAAUCUCACAUGUUGUAUUCACAAUCAAAGAUGACGACGCAAUUGGGGCAACAUUGAUUGGAAGAGCUUAUCUUCCAGUUGAGGAUAUCCCUAACGGGAAGAUACUCGAACGAUGGGUUGAAAUAGUGGAUGAAGAUCGUAAACCUGUACCAGGAGGUUCUAGAGUCCACAUCAAGCUGCAAUUCUUUGAUGUUAACCAAGACAGAUAUUGGUCUCAGGGAAUCAAAAGUCCGCAAUACGAGGGUGUUCCCUACGUGUUCUUCAAUCAACGACAAGGUUGCCGGGUUACUUUAUAUCAAGAUGCUCAUGUUCCAGACAGUUUUUCCCCAAAGAUUUGUUUGGCAGGAAAGCAUUAUGAAGCUCACAGAUGCUGGGAGGACAUCUUUGAAGCCAUAAGCGAUGCAAAACACCUAAUUUACAUAACCGGAUGGUCUGUGUAUACUGAAAUUACCUUGAUAAGGGAUCCCAAUAGAAGAAAACCGGGAGGUGAACUUAAACUCGGGGAGCUGCUUAAAAAGAAGGCUGAAGAAGGUGUGACAGUUCUUAUGCUUGUUUGGGAUGACCGAACUUCUGUUUUGGAUUUUAAGAAGGAUGGACUCAUGGCAACCCACGAUGAAGAAACUGAAAAGUACUUCAGGGGCUCCAAGGUGCAUUGCAUUUUGUGCCCUCGCAAUCCCGAUGUUGGCAGAAGCAUGAUUCAGGGCUUUCAAGUCUCCACCAUGUUUACUCACCACCAAAAGACAGUAGUUGUUGAUUCCGAAAUGCCUGAUACUGUAACUGGAAAGAGGGAGAUUGUGAGUUUCAUUGGAGGCAUUGAUCUUUGUGAUGGGAGGUAUGAUACACAAGACCAUCCCUUAUUCAAGACUCUGGCCUCAGUUCAUCGUGAUGAUUUCCACCAGCCUAACUUUACAGGCUCCUCAAUCAAGAAAGGUGGUCCAAGAGAACCUUGGCAUGAUAUUCAUUGCAAAUUAGAGGGUCCUGUGGCAUGGGAUGUCCUUUACAAUUUCGAGCAAAGGUGGACGAAGCAAGUUGGGGAUAAACUUCUAAUCUCACAAAAACAGCUUGAAGCAGUUACAGUUCGCCCAUUGCCAGUGUUGCAAUCAAAUGACACUGAAACAUGGAAUGUUCAGCUAUUCCGUUCUAUUGAUGAUGGAGCUGUUGAUGGCUUUCCCCAGAAACCUGACAAAGCAGCUGCAUCAGGCCUUGUUAGUGGGAAGAACAGCGUCAUUGACCGAAGCAUUCAAGAUGCUUAUAUCAAUGCCAUUAGGAGGGCCAAGAAUUUUAUUUACAUCGAAAAUCAGUAUUUCCUUGGAAGCUCAUUUGGCUGGAAGUCAACAGAUACCAAUGUCCCGGAUAUCGCCGCGUUGCAACUUAUACCAAAGGAGCUAUCACUUAAGAUAGUCAGCAAGAUUGAGGCAGGAGAAAGGUUUACUGUCUAUGUUGUGAUCCCAAUGUGGCCAGAAGGUAUACCUGAGAGUGGCUCUGUCCAAGCAAUAUUAGAUUGGCAGAGAAGAACAAUGGACAUGAUGUAUUCUGAUAUCGCUGAAGCACUCGAGAAAAAGGGGCUUAAGACAGAUCCUAGGGAGUAUUUGGCAUUUUUCUGCCUUGGAAACCGAGAGACUAAGAAAACUGGAGAAUAUGAACCUUCAGAGGCACCAGAGCCUGAUACUGAUUAUAGUAGAGCUCAGCAGGCCCGUCGCUUCAUGAUCUACGUUCAUGCAAAGAUGAUGAUUGUUGAUGAUGAGUAUAUAAUCAUUGGAUCGGCAAACAUCAACCAGAGAUCAAUGGAUGGGUCUCGAGAUUCUGAGAUUGCAAUGGGAGGAUACCAACCACGUCAUUUGGCAACUAGCCAACCAGCAAGGGGUCAGAUAUACGGUUUUCGAAUGGCAUUAUGGCAUGAGCACCUUGGAAUGCUUGACUCUUCCUUCGAACACCCUGAAAGCGUUCAAUGUAUCCAGAAAGUGAAUCAAGUUGCUAAUGACAACUGGGAGAAAUACACCAGUGAAACUCUCGAACAGGAUCUGAUGUCUCACCUGCUCAGGUAUCCCAUUCAAGUUGGUAACAAUGGAAUUGUUACAACUUUACCAGGGGCGGUUAAUCAUUUCCCUGACACCAAGGCUAAUGUCCUGGGCACCAAAUCUGACUACUUACCUCCAAUCCUCACCACCUAGGAAUAUUGGUGAUAAUUUCUGUUGCUCAGGAAUGUAUACACACGCCAAAAAAAAAGGUGGGGGGGGGGAUCAUUUGUUGUUUUUCUGCCUGUAACUUCUUCCAGUUUAUGAUUUAUAUUGUACAGAGAACAAAAAAUUCAAGAACUUCAACAUAAAUUCUUGAAAAUGGAAAAUCCCUGUCAAAUGCGUGACCUAUAUUGUGUGUUCAUAUUAAAGAACCUAUAGAUUUGAACUUAAUGAACUUUGCUAAUGAUUAUUCUUCUCUUAGAUUGAUUACAAGAUGCUUUUACA